UCAUACGUCAUUACUGUCAAAUGACAAAUAAUGGUUGAUAGCCAGCUUGUAAAAAUAAUUUAUUCAUAGGUAAAUAAAAAUAACUGAUAAUAUUAACUUCAAAUAAAUAAAGCUAUUUGAGAUUUUAUAUACUUUAUAUUUCUAUAAAUAAUCGGAAAAAUGACGAAUCUGGAUGUAAGCAAUAGUAGCACAGACAGCAGCUCUGGUUCUUCAUCAGACUCGAGCAGCAGUGACAGUACAUCCACCAGCUCUGGCUCUGGGUCCAGCAGUUCUGAUUCUGAGUCAUCAACUUCUGACACUCCUGUAACCUCAACUGCUCCAGCACCUAAAUCUCCUACUAAAGCUAAAGAACCUGAGAAAAAGGAAGAUGAUAAUCCAGAAACCACCACCAAGUCUAAGGCCUCAUCUUCAAGUGAUGACGAUGUACCAAAAUUGGAGAGCCCAAAGACCUUACCUCCAAGAAGACGCUGUUCUGCAAAACCUAAAACAGUCGCAAUGGUACUUGCCAAAGGUAAAACGGCACUGAGGUCCUCGGGAGCUAAAACACCAAAACCAGCAGUAAAAACUGGAUCAAAACCAAAACCAGAGACACGUGAUUCUAAUGCAUUAAAGAAAAAAAGCAUCUUCUCUCCUGAUAAUAGCUCAGAAUCUGAAUCGGAAAGUAAAUCAUUGAAAAGCCCUAAAGAAUCUCCGAGAAGUAAACGAAGUUCACGGAAGUCGAGUGAGGAGAAAGUUGCCCCCGCAACACCAUUAGGAAAUGACGAUUCAAAUUCCAAAGAUUCUAAAGACUCCAAAGAUAGUGUAAAGAGAAAAAACGGAAACAAAGCAAAUGGUCCACCAUCAAAGAAAUCACCAGACAACAAAAGUGUAUCAUCCUGUUCAUCGAGUCAGUCCUCAAUUGAAUCUGUAUCUUCAGACAGCGACAGCGAACCAUCCACCAAAAAAGAAAAUGGUAAAACUGGAAAGGUCAAGCCGAACCCCACUAAGCAGCAAGAAGAUGUAAUAAAAAUAGAUACACUAGAAGCAACAAUGCCUAGAAAGCUAACCAGAUCACUUUCCGCCCGUGUUUCACGUAUAGCAGCUGCAACAAAGAUUAAUAACACAGAUACGGAUUCUGAAGUUGAUGAAAAAGAGAAAGGAAAAGAUACCAAAAAACCUCUAAAAGGCAGGCCUGGUAUUCAAACCCGAUCACCAGUAAUACCACCACUUUUGACAACGGCUGAACCAUCAGAACGUCGUUGUCCUGUGCGAGGAUGUGAUUCCUUAGGACAUUUGGGUGGCAAGGCGGAGCGGCACUUCACGUGGGCGGCGUGUCCGCUGUACCACAACGUGUCGGGCGCGUGGUGCGCCGCCGCCAGCGAGGAGCGCGCCGCCGCCGCCGCCGCCCGCCGCCGCGCCCUCGCGCACCUCUCGCAGCGGCCGCGCUCCAUGCCCACCAUAGAGCAGCGAGCCUACCAGCUCAAGGUCAAGGAUAUGCGUUCGAAAUGGAAGGGCAGUCAGGAGCUAAACGAGAAGUUGGCAGCGUCGGGCAACGAUGAGUUGACGGAAGAAAGGGAACCGAUAUUGGAGGGCUUCGCUCCCGAUUACGAUCUGAGAUUGUUCCGGGAGGCCCAGGCCUUGGCCGCCAUCAAGAUAGAAGAAGAACUCGGUGAAAUAAUCACAGAUAGAGGCACUAGGACGUAUCACGACAGGUUCGUAGUGAUGGGUAAAUACAUGAUGGAGGUGUGGUACCAGUCGCCUUACCCCGGGGCGGCGGCCAGGGUCCCGCGCCUCUUCGUCUGCGAGUUCUGUCUGGCGCACCAGCAGAGCGCCGCCGGGGCCGCGCGACACCGAGACAAGUGCGUCUGGAGGCACCCGCCCGGAGACGAGGUGUACAGGAAGGACGAUCUCAGCGUUUGGCAAGUCGACGGCCGGAAGCACAAGCAGUACUGUCAGCAGCUGUGCCUGCUGGCCAAGUUCUUCCUCGACCACAAGACCCUGUACUACGACGUGGAGCCGUUCCUCUUCUACGUGAUGACCAACGCCGACAGCGAGGGUUGUCACAUUGUGGGAUAUUUCAGUAAGGAAAAGAAUUCGUUCCUGAAUUACAACGUGUCGUGUAUCUUGACGCUACCGCCGUAUCAAAGGCAAGGCUAUGGCAGAUUAUUGAUCGACUUCAGUUACCUACUGACUAAGGUAGAAGGUAAGGUGGGCUCCCCGGAAACUCCACUCUCCGAUCUCGGCCUGAUCUCCUACCGGUCGUACUGGAAGGAAGCUUUGCUGAAGAGACUGUGUAGCGCUUCGGGGUCCACGCUAUGUAUCCGAGAUCUGAGCAAAGACUUGGCUAUAGCAUCGUCGGAUAUAGUUUCCACGCUGCAGGAGCGAGGGCUCAUGAAAUAUUGGAAGGGCAAGCAUAUUGUCCUAAAGAAACAGGAGGUGCUGGAGGAGGCGAUGCGGCGGGCGGGGCGCGCGCGGUGCGUGGAGCCGGCGUGCCUGCGCUGGUGGGCGGGCGGCGGCGGGGGCGGCGGGGCGGCGCGCUGACGGCGGCC